UAAUGUUUACAUCAGCGGUAUACUUAGGAAAUUUUUGAAGCUGGAUCCCACACGAACAAUUAUAAAUUGACCCAUUCUGAAAAUUUAUUUUGAACGAGAUGGAUAACGAAAGUGCAGUAGCAUCAUUCAAAAAUAUUCUGAAUGAUCAACCUGAAGUUUCACCAGCCAUUGCAGCACUUACUGUACUGUUGGAUUUCAUGAGCAAAGAUACAUCUGAAACUAUUCAAGGCUUGGAUAGCAAUAUAAAAGCUGUUGUUGAAGCAUUAAAUGGUGUUGAUUGUUCUGUGACAUCAGUAAAAUCCGCUUGUGAACUUUUUAUGCGAUUUAUUACUCUGGCUUCAUUAGAUCAUAGUGACUUUAAAGAAUGCAAACAAGUUCUGUCUCAAAGAGGCACAGUGUUCCUUGAAAGAGUAUCUGCUGCAAGAUUAAAAAUUUCCAAAUUGGGUCAAACAUUUAUUGUUGAUGGAAUGAACAUCUUGGUUCACUCUCAUUCCAGAGUUGUAUAUCAAACACUAAUUGAAGCUUAUAAUGCAAAAAAGAGAUUUCAUGUUUAUGUCACAGAAUCUGCUCCAGAUUUUUCAGGCAAAUCAAUGCUCGAAAAACUGGAUAAAGCUGGAAUUUCCUGCACUUUAAUUAUAGAUGCUGCUGUUGGGUAUGUUUUGGAAAAAGUUGAUUUAGUCUUCCUUGGAGCUGAAGGAGUUGUUGAAAGUGGGGGAAUAAUAAAUAAAAUUGGCACUUAUGGGAUUGCAAUAUGUGCAAAAGAAAUGCAUAAACCUGUUUAUGUGUUGGCAGAGAGCUUUAAAUUUUCGCGUCUGUUUCCAUUGAAUCAGCGAGAUCUUCCAAAUGAACUAAAACACCUCUCUUCCAAAGUAAACUCUAAGGAGCAUCCAUUGAUAGAUUAUACGCCUCCAUCUUAUAUCACAUUACUCUUUUCCGAUUUGGGAAUACUGACACCUUCAGCUGUUAGCGAUGAGCUUAUAAAGCUGUAUAUGUGAUAUUCAUUUUAAACUAAUAAAAUUUAUUAUCUAUUUGUAAAA